AUGCGAAUCCUGGCGCUGGCAAGCAUACUGCCCCGCGCUGAGAACAUAAAGAGCAGUGCUACACCCUUUUUUCACUUUUGCGUUUCAGGUGAACGGCAGCCAUUGACUGACAAGAACAAAACCGACCCGGGAAAGUUGGCCGAAAGCCUCGAUCCUGUGUUUCAAUCCGUCAAAUUACGGCAGUACAUGCCGACGCUAACGAACGGUGACAUAGGCAAAAUGGAUACAUUUUUGUUUACAUCGGAGUCAGUGGGUGAGGGUCAUCCAGAUAAACUAUGUGACCAGAUCAGUGAUGCAAUUUUGGACGAAUUUCUACGCAGGGACCCUGAAGCAAAAGUUGCUUGUGAAACCUUCACAAAAACGGGAAUGAUUCUCGUUGGAGGUGAGAUUUCUUCGACUGCUGGUGUGGAUCUGCAAACCACCGUCCGCAAGGUUGUCAGAAGUAUAGGUUAUGAUGAUGUGCGAAAAGGAUUGGAUUAUAAAUCCUGUAACAUCCUUACCGCCAUAGAACAACAAAGUCCCGACAUAGCGAAAGGUGUUCACGAGGGUCGCAGGACUGAGGAAAUCGGCGCUGGUGACCAGGGAAUCAUGUUUGGAUAUGCGACGGACGAAACCGAGGAAUGUAUGCCACUUACGGUCGUUUUGGCCCAUGCGCUGACCAAAAGGUUGGCCUAUUGUCGGAGAAACCACAUUCUCUCCUGGGCUAGGCCUGAUAACAAGGCACAGGUGACUGUGGAAUAUGCGCAUGACAACGGAGCAUGUAGACCCCUGCGCGUGCAUACAAUAGUGAUUUCCACUCAGCAUGAUGAGAAUGUUACUUUGGAGCAAGUACGAUCUGACCUAAUGGAGCAAGUGGUCAAAGCUGUCAUACCUCCAAACCUGCUCGAUGACCGAACCAUUUAUCAUCUGAAUCCCGCUGGGCGGUUCGUUGUCGGUGGGCCACAGAGUGACGCUGGACUAACAGGUCGAAAAAUCAUCGUUGAUACCUAUGGUGGCUGGGGAGCACAUGGUGGUGGUGCCUUUUCCGGUAAAGACUACUCAAAGGUCGACCGCUCGGCCGCCUAUGCAGCUCGUUGGGUUGCAAAGUCUUUGGUCAAGGCUGGACUUUGCCGUCGCGUGUUGGUCCAGUUGUCUUACGCUAUUGGGAUUUCGGAACCUCUCGCCGUCUAUGUGGACAGCUAUGGGACUGGAACUGUGUCAGAUAAGGAGUUGCUGACAAUUGUGACACAGAAUUUCGACCUUCGUCCAGGAGUAAUUGUCAAUGAGCUGGAUCUCCGUGCACCACGUUAUCUUCAAACGGCUGUCUAUGGCCAUUUUGGACGACCAGAAUUCCCCUGGGAACAGUGCAAAAAGCUAACGUUGUAGCCUCCCUAUGUAUCUCCGAUUGUGUAACAAGUCCUAUCUAUUGCUCUGUAAAUUUUAUCACUCCCUAUCUGCUUUUUCCUUCAGAGACCUGUUUCAUAAUCUCGUUGUCUAAAACAUGGUCCAAUGCCCCUUCUGUACUUUCCAUCCUAGCCUCAACUGUCACUGUUAUGACAACGCGUGUGAUUUUUUUUUCUCACGCGCACUCGUGUCCGCAUUUUGUACACAGCUCUUUAGGUAGUCCAUUGCCAGGCGGGAUACCUGAAUUAAAU